AUGUUUCCCAAGCUGGGGGAGCAAAUCUGUUGCUAUGACUGUGUUCCGUGCCCAAGUGGGAGGAUUUCAAUCCAGAUGGAUUCACACCAAUGUGAGGACUGCCCAGAAGAUCAGUAUCCAAACAACAGCCAUGACAAAUGUAUUCCCAAAAGCAUCAGCUACCUAUCGUAUGAGGAGCCCUUAGGAAGAGUUCUGGUUUCCUUGGCUCUUUGCCUUUCUGUUUUCACAAUUGCAGUGAUGGCAGCCUUCAUUCUGCACUGCAGUACUCCUAUUGUCAAAUCCAACAACUGGAACAUUACCUGCACCCUGCUCAUCUCCUUGUUGCUCUCUUUUCUCUGCUCCUUCUUAUUUAUCGGCAUGCCUGGGAAGGUGACCUGCCUUCUGAGGCAAACAACAUUUGGCAUCAUCUUUUCCAUGGCUGUAUCUUGUGUGUUGGCCAAAACAAUCAUUGUGGUUCUGGCCUUCAUGGCCACAAAGCCAGGGAACAAGAUGAGGAAAUGGGUUGGGAAGAAGCUGGCCAUUUCAGUCGUCAUUCUCUGUUCUCUCAUUCAAACGGUCAUUGGUGUAGUGUGGCUGAGCACCUUUCCUCCUUUCCCAGAAUUGGACACACGUUCUCAGGUUGGUCAGAUAAUAGUGAAAUGCAGCGAAGGCUCCAAUGUCAUGUUCUAUAUUGUUCUGGGUUACAUGGGUCUCCUAGCCAUCAUCAGCUUCACUGUGGCCUUCCUAGCAAGGAAGCUGCCUGAUACCUUCAACGAAGCCAAGCUCAUCACCUUCAGCAUGUUGGUGUUUUGCAGUGUUUGGGUGUCCUUUGUGCCCACCUACCUGAGCACCAAAGGGAAAUACAUGGUGGCCGUGGAGGUCUUCUCCAUCUUGAUUUCUAGUGCUAGUUUAUUGGGCUUCAUUUUUCCCCCUAAGUUAUACAUAAUUUUCCUAAGGCCUGACCUAAAUACCAGAGAGCACUUAGUAAGGAAGACAAACAGUGCUUGA